ACUAGAACUGAACCCCCCGCGCACCAACUAUGAGACGCACCAAUAACAACAAAAUGGAUAAGCCAAUUUCCACUAGCUUGGGGCGACAGUAGCAGUAGCAGUUCGAAUUUCAUUGAAAUACGGAGCGUGCACUGAGAAACAUGUCGACCGCCUCCUCCACCACAUCUGACGAUGCCCCAGCCCCGCCAGCCUACAUCGCCGCAUUGGACGUUGGCACAACUUGUGUCCGCUGCUUUGUGCUCGACGACAAGUGUCUGGUCAAGGGGCAGGCGGUUGAUGCGGUGGAACUAUUAAAUCCGCAGCCAGGCUUUUUCGAAAUAGAGCCAGAGAGCUUGUGGCGCAAGAUUGUGAAUGUGAUAACCCUGGCGAUACGCGAUGCCAAACUGAAGCCCACGGAGAUCACCUGCCUGACCAUCUCCACGCAGCGCUGCACAUUCCUCACGUGGAACCACAAGACCGGCGAGUACUAUCACAAUUUCAUCACCUGGAAGGAUUUGCGUGCCGACGCACUGGUGGAUCAAUGGAACAGCAGUUGGACCAAGCGCUCAAUGAAUGGCGUCUCCUAUGCCCUGUAUUUGGUCACGAGAAACCAUCGCUUUCUGGCCGGCAGUGUGCUCAAGCUGAUGAAUGGUCAGGUGACGCCGCGAUUGCUCUUUGAAAUGGCCCACAACAAGUGCCUGAAGCAGGCGCUGCGCGAGAACAAGGCACGCGUGGAGCUGCUCGACUCUUGGAUACUACACAAGCUGCGCUCUGGCAAUGGCAAGGACACGAGCAUCGAGCACAUUACCGACAUAACCUCGAGCACAGCCACCGGGCUGUAUGAUCCGUUCACGCUCAGCUGGUCGCCGCUUAUUAGCUGGCUCUUUGGCUUCGAUACAAAGAUCUUGCCGCGCGUCGUGGACAACGGCUACAAGGGCUUUGGGCAUGUGCAUCCAGCCGCCUUUGGGUCGGAUUGGGCGGACACCUGCAUACCCAUUGCCGCCUCGCUCAGCGAUCAAGCGGCCUCCAUGUGGGGCUCUCAGUGUUUCAGCAAGAACGACGUCAAGGUCACCAUGGGUACGGGAGCCUUUCUCAACUUGAUUACGGGCUCCGAAUGCCGUGCUGCCAUCAGCGGCAUGUAUCCUCUGGUGGCCUGGCAAAUCAAGAACAAAUCGAAGAACCAAGGCGCCGUCUACUGCAUCGAGGGUGCCUCACAUGACUUUGGCACUGUGGUCACCUGGGCGCAGUCCUGUGAGCUGUUCAAGAAGCCAGACGAGACGUCGCUCAUUGCAGAGUCUGUGCCGGAUACCAACGAUGUGUUCUUUAUGCCCGCAUUCAGUGGCCUGGGGCCACCUGUGAACGAUUAUCGCUCUGCUAGCGGCUUUAUAGGCCUCACACCGUCCACUACCAAGGCACACAUGGUGCGUGCGCUGCUCGAGAGCAUCGUCUUUAGGCUGGUCCAAUUGAUCGAUGCCACCGAGAAGGAAACCUCACAGAAGCUCAAAAUGAUCAGAGUCAAUGGCGGCGUUUCGCGCAAUGAUUUUGUGUGUCAGUUCCUGGCCGAUCUCAGCCGCCUGAAGGUGGAGCGUGCCGAGAAUACCGAGUCCAGCAUUAUGGGUGCCACAUUCAUGGCGGGCAUUAAUCACGGCAUCUGGCAAGAUGUCGAAGAUCUCAAGUGUUUUCGCAAAGUGGAACGAGUGUUCGAGCCACGUCCCAAGGUGCACGAGAAGGUGGUUGAGCGCAUGGACAAGUGGUGCCGGGCCAUAGAUCGCUUCAGUGAUUGGUACUAGCACGGGACUACUCUCUCUC